CAGGAGCAGCGGAGAGGCGGGGGCGGGGUGGGAUUAUGGCUCCUCCACAGCCGAGCCUUGUGUUCCCCCUCACAGCCCAGCGACGGCAGGGCCAGGCCUCAGUGCCUAGCCCCUAUGCCCCUGGGCCGGCCCAGGGCAUCCCCAGCACCCCCCGGGCGGCCUGGGCUCGCCUCCGGGGCCUGGCCCGGCGGGUCGGGGCCGGAGAGCGUGGUGAGGCCCAGCCCCGGAUGGAGGCCUGUGGUCGUACCAGGGUCUUCCGCGCCGCUUGAAUAAGAUUUCCGGAUGAGUUCCCAGCUGUUGUUGCGCUGAAGAAGUGCGUGAAAUGGGUGGCAGCGCUGCCUUGAAAGGUGGAAAACACAAGUGUCUUUGAGUGAAUUUUGCGUGUACCCUUGCAGUCACAAAACUCCAAAAACAGAAUGAAGGGAGGAGGGAUGAAUGUUACCUGCUAACCCCACAGAGAGGGAGGAGCUCCAUUCUUCAAACAUCAGCAGAGUUAUAAGGAAGGUGUGUACUUAGAACGCUUCCUCAAUGUGGAAGUUCAAGCACACAACGCUGAAGACGUGUCCUGAGGGUGCUCUAGAAAGUCUCCAGAGGGUCAUUUCAUGGGGGAAAAUCCUGCCAAGAACCAUUAUGCACAGCUUAACCAGGGAGAAGAGAAUGAGAUGGAGAUUUUUGGCUACAAAACUCAAGGCUGCCGAAAGGCCUUGUGCAUUGCUGGCUACAUCUUGUCCUGUGGGGCUCUGCUGCUGCUCUUUUACUGGAAGCCAGAGUGGGAUGUGUGGGCAAACUGCAUCCGCUGCAGCUUGGAAGAAGCGGACAUUGUUCUGCUUAGAACAACAGAUGAAUUUCGAAUUUAUUCUCGUAAGACUGUGACAUGGAUCUCUGUGUCUGCACUUAUCAAAAGUAGAUUGGAUUAUCCAGCUACUGCUGAGGAAGACUCAGUCUUCAGCAAAGCCAUAAUGAAGCCAAGUUUGCAAGUGAAAAGUAUCCAAGUACAAAGAAUCCGCUAUGUCUGGAAUAUCUAUGCAAAACAGUUCCAGAAAGUUGGAGCCCUAGAAGACCACCACACUUGCUCAGCUAUACAUGCCAAAUUUGGUUCUGGUCUCACCUGCAAUGAACGGAAUGUCAGGAAAGUUAUAUGUGGGCCAAACACUAUUGAUGUUCCAGUGAUCCCUAUUUGGAAACUACUCAUCAAAGAGGUCUUAAAUCCAUUUUACGUGUUCCAGCUGUUCAGUGUGUGUCUGUGGUUUGCUGAAGAUUACAUGGAGUAUGCCACUGCCAUCAUAAUCAUGUCUCUUCUCUCGAUUUUUUUGACUGUAUAUGAUCUUAGACAGCAAUCGGUUAAACUGCACAGACUGGUUGAGUCUCAUAACAACAUCAUGGUCACUGUCUGCAGAAAUAAGGAAGGUGACUCCUGUUUCCAAGAGCUGGAAUCACACCAUCUUGUUCCUGGAGAUAUGCUGGUUUUGAAAGAGGGCAAAACCCUUUUGCCUUGUGAUGCCAUCCUGAUCAGCGGGCAGUGCAUUGUCAAUGAAAGCAUGCUGACAGGGGAAAGUAUUCCAGUAACAAAGACUCACUUACCCCAAGCUGACAACUUCAAGCCCUGGAGAAUGCAUUGUGCAGAGGAUUACAAAAAACAUGUCCUUUUCUGUGGAACAGAGGUCAUACAGACCAAGGCAGAUGACACAGGAGUAGUAAAAGCUGUGGUGCUGCGGACUGGUUUCAAUACAGCCAAAGGGGAUCUGGUGAGGUCCAUUCUCUACCCUAAACCCAUGAACUUCAAGCUGUACAGAGAUGCCCUCCGGUUCCUGAUGUGCCUCAUAGCAUUUGCAGCCAUUGGAAUGAUCUACACAGUGUGUGUAUUUGCACUCAAUGGGGAGGAGGCAGGAGAAGUGGUGAAGAAGUCUUUGGAUGUUAUCACUAUUGCUGUCCCCCCAGCUCUGCCAGCUGCCUUGACAACAGGGAUCAUUUAUACCCAGCGGAGGCUGAAGAAAAAGGGCAUCUUCUGCAUCAGCCCACAGAGGAUCAAUAUGUGUGGACAGCUGAACCUCAUCUGCUUUGACAAAACUGGCACCUUAACAGAAGAUGGCCUGGAUCUUUGGGGCUUGCUGCCCUGUGAAAGAAACUGCUUCCAAGACAUUCACAGCUUCCCUGCGGACCACAGCCUGCCUUGGGGCCCAGUGUUCAGAGCAAUGGCGGUUUGUCAUUCACUAAUUGUUUGGGAGGGCAAGAUCCAAGGAGACCCACUGGAUGUGAAAAUGUUUGAGGCCACUAACUGGGUGAUAGAUGAUUCCAGUGGACACCAUAUUGAAGGUCAAGGAUCCACACGUGCCACAGUUGUUAGACCUGGGCCUAAAGCCAGCAGUGCCCCAGUGGAAGGAGUUGCUAUUUUACAUCAGUUUCCAUUUUCUUCAGCCUUGCAAAGAAUGUCUGUCAUUGCUCAGGAAAUUGGUGGGGAAAAACAGGUCUUCACAAAAGGGGCUCCAGAAAUGGUAGCCAUGUUAUGUAGAGCAGAAACAGUCCCAUUGAACUUUGAAAGCAAGCUUCUGCUCUACACAGCACAGGGCUUUAGGGUCAUCGGACUGGCAUGUAAAUCUCUACAGGCAGGGAAGCAAUCUACUGAUCUAACAAGGGAGGAGGUAGAAUCUGAUCUGACAUUCCUGGGUCUGCUGAUAAUGGAGAAUCGAUUAAAGAGGGAGACAAAGCCUGUCCUGGAAGAGCUCAGUGCUGCCCGCAUCAGAAGUGUUAUGGUCACAGGUGACAACAUUCAGACAGCUGUAACUGUUGCCAAAAAUGCUGGGAUGAUUUCUGCAACGAACAGAGUGAUUCUUGUGGAAGCAAACAAAAUACCUGGAUCUUUUUCAGCAUCUAUAACCUGGAAACCACUAGAAGAAAACAAAACUGAAGAUUACAGAGGUCUGGCAAAGGCAAUGGGCCUUGAACCCAGGUCUCCCAGAGUCUUCACAAGUGCUCUCCCUGUGCAGGAUGACAGUCCUCCUACGACUGAACGAAGAAUCAGGCUGGCAUUGGCAUCAGGCCAGUAUCAUUUUGCCAUGAGUGGAAAGUCGUACCAAAUUGUAGCACAGCAUUUCAGGCACUUACUUCCAAAGCUCCUGCUGAACGGAACAGUUUUUGCUAGAAUGUCUCCUGGUCAGAAAUCCAGCCUUGUAGAAGAGUUUCAAAAGCUGGAUUACUUUGUGGGCAUGUGUGGAGAUGGAGCCAACGACUGUGGGGCUUUGAAAGUGGCGCAUGCAGGGAUAUCGCUGUCAGAGCAGGAGGCAUCUGUGGCUUCACCUUUCACAUCCCGAACUCCCAGCAUAGCAUGUGUGCCAGAGCUAAUCAGGGAAGGCCGUGCUGCCCUCGUCACUUCCUUCUGCAUGUUCAAGUACAUGGCACUGUACAGCACCAUUCAGUACCUUGGUGUUCUCCUACUGUACUGGCAACUAAACGCCUUUGGGAAUUACCAAUUUUUGUUCCAAGAUCUGGCUAUUACCACUGUAAUUGGUGUGACAAUGAGUUUCACAGGUGCCUAUCCAAAGCUGGUUCCCUACAGGCCUCCUAGCCAACUCAUCUCGCCCCCAUUGCUGCUCUCUGUUGUACUUAACAUCCUCUUCAGCCUCAGCAUGCAGGUUUUCGGGUUUGUGGUGGUCCAGGAGCAGCCUUGGUAUUCCAAGACCGAUAUAUACAGCGCCUGCCUCUCAGUGAACAACCAAAUGGAGAAUUCUUCCUCUAUUUCCAGCCUGGGGCUCCAUGGGAUGAGAGAUGGAGCCCAUGGGCAAACAGACAAUGGCUACAAGAGCUAUGAAAACACCACAGUGUGGCUGCUAAGUACCAUCAACUGCCUCAUCGUAGCACUAGUGUUUUCCAAGGGAAGGCCUUUCAGGCAACCCAUCUACACAAACUAUGUGUUCAUACUGGUGCUCAUAGGGCAGCUUGGUAUUUGCCUCUUCUUGGUGUUUGCUGAUAUUGAUGAUCUCUACUCUAAGAUGGAUCUUGUUUGCACCCCUACCACGUGGCGGAUCUCCAUGGUGAUAAUGCUUGCAGUCACACUUGCUGCAUCCUUCCUUGUCGAGGAAGCUGUCAUCGAGAACAGACCCUUAUGGCUGCUUCUGAAAAAGACCUUCCGGUACCACUCAAAGAGCCAUUACAAGAGGCUGCAGCUAGUGUUAGAGCAGGACUCAGCCUGGCCACCUCUGAAUGAAACCUUCUUCUCAGAUUCUGUGGCAAUAUCAGUAGAAGGAAGUAUGGGAGGCCAUAGCAAUCCAACAUUUGACAGCAAUGAGGAUGCACCGUGAAGGAAACUGCAGAGGACACAUGUCCGGGGCAGUUGCAGUUGGCUGUAGAAGGACUAUCUCAGAGAUACAAGAGGAAGGAUUGACGCAUCACUGCCCCCACAUUCUGAGACUAACCAGCUCUGGCUUAUUUUUAAAUUAACUGGAAGCAGAAAAGCUGGCUGCAGUAGCAUAAAGCCACAACAGCAUUUCUCCUGUCCCCUUGCCCAUGUAUGCAUGGCUGCCAGCUGUAAAUGGAACAGCUUGCUGAAUAUUGGCAAAGUACUCAUGGUUGAAACGCCCCAUUGCUGCAUCCCUGUCUUGAACAGCAUUAUGCAGUCCAUAAAGGUAGGGGCUCCUCCAGAUGAGAAGUAGCUAAUUCAGAUACCAGCACUCUGGGGAGAUCCUCUUUGAGAAAACAAGUAGAGCUUACUCCUGAUAGAGGCUGCUGAACAUAGGCAGGUCCUGGGAUUCCUACAGCUUUCAGGGUUUCAGAUACUGCUACCUGGUACCUGGUGUUUUUUCCCCUUCUGGCAAUCCUUGGCUUUCUGAAGCUGGAAGGAGCUGCAAAUAGCCAAAGGCUUCUAGAAGCAUCUACUCCCAGCACCAUUAUGAUCUUCCCAUGAUGGGAGCAAUGCAGAGCUCUAUGGCUAGCUCACUGCACCAGGCAGCCUGUUUGCCCUCUUCUCAGUUUCAAACAUGUGGUACUUGCAUUUUCUGGGUGAAAAAUCUAUUGACCUACAAAGCAGAAUGAUUCCAUUGUUUAACAGUUCCUUUUUGGGGGAAGUAUUUGUUUGGGAUAUCAAUUUUAAAAAAGUAGAAUGAAAUACAUGAUAAUUGCACAUUAUGAUCUCACCCUGUCGGUCUGCAAGGAUGUGGUGUUCCUUGUGGUAUGAGUUUGCUCUACUAGAGCUGAUGCUACACAGCUGGGCUGCCGCCUGGCAUCAGCUCCUGGUUUACCAGUGCCAAGAGAAGCAGAUACUGAAGGGGUUACUACCUCGAAGGACCUAAGGCCUGAAUUAAAAGACAGGGAGCCAGCUAGGUCCGAGAAUAAUUUUAUUAAAUUCCAUGGCAUGCUCUUAAGUUGAACCAUCUGACGUUUUGGCUCUGGUUUCCAACCAUAAUUGCACAUGCUACACACCAUGUGUCAUUCAUCAACUCGUAUCCCUCACUUGUUAACCUUUGAUGGUGACUUUUGCUGUGCUGUGCUGUGCUGCUUCUGCCAUACAUAAAUGCAACAGCACUGCACAUUUCUGCAGGUUUUACCUACUCAGAAAAAAGCACCUUCUACCAGCACAUGUUCUCUUAGCCCUUUGAUGCUAGGCUGACUUCCUGCUCACCGUAUUUUGCAAUCUCGGUCCCCAGCUGGGUAAAACAACAUACCAGUCAGGGAGGCUUCAGACCAGGAGGAACGCUUUCUUCUUUGAUUAAGGUGUGCAGGGGAGUUGUCCCCUCUGAACCAACUGCACAAUCUUUUUUCCACAGCUGGAGCUUCCCCAUGCUUUUUUGGGGUGGGGCUGAGAAGCACUUUAGGAGCAAUUCAAUGCUGGGGACUGUAUGUUCCCCCGUAUUCAAUGCUAAAGCACUCUUGCAUUGCCACAGAAACCCAGAGAAUCAGGCAGGUUGGGAGUCAUGGUAAAGAUUCCUUUGGUCUUUUAGGGUGAAAAGUAGCUCUGGAAAACCAAGAGCAAAUCAGAGAUUGUGGAUUGUUUUGAUACAACAUGUCUGUACCAGAACAGUGUUUGAAAAGAAUUUGGCUUGAAUCAAAAAAUAACUAAUACUAUAUUUCUAAAAAGAAAAAAAAAAAACCCCAAACCAAAAAUGUUUCAACUUGAAUAAAACAUUUAUUUGACUCAAAGCAAUUUUUUCCCCAUUUUAGACUGAGUAAAUACCUUCCUACCUACUGCAGUUUACCUAGCAGGAAAUAGCUGCCACAAAGCCACACAACUUGACACAAAGCAGAAAUGGUUCACGUUUAUUGAUAAAAGUGUCUCCAAAGUUAGCAUGAAUUCCCACUUUGCAGCAAAAUCCAUUGGAAAGUGAAGGCUAGAUGCUCUAUGCACUCCUUGCAGCUUCAGGAGACACCAGAGAGCAGGUUGGUGGAAUUAUUCCUGCCAUCCUCUGUUUGAGAUACAGUAACAUUUUGCUUGAAGACAAAAUUUGCUGUCCUAUUUAUGAACUCCCACACACAAGAAAUAUGUUGCUGCAUGUCAUAAACUGGCAGCUGCAGUAGCACUGCAGAUUGACAGUAUAAAAGUAUCAACUCGUGGCAAACCUGUGGCACUUGUAGGGUCCACAAGAUAAAGACCUGCUUGCCUGCUGCUGAAAUACAGCCUUACCUGCAAGCAGAAUUCAGGUGCUAGGUGAUACUUAACCUUUGCCCCUCUUUAAGAUGUCAGUCUUGUGUUCCACCUUCCUGUGGAAGGCCAAUGUCUCCAGCCAUACUUGGACACAUUUUAUUACCUUCCCUCAGUGGCGUCAGCUACAGUUCAAUCAGCAGAGCUAUGCGGUGUGUCCCAGCUGCACUGAACUGCUUAUAAUAGCAUAACUCAGUGCCAAUUGGGAGACAAGUGAUGUUAGGCACAUCCUUGCUGCAGAAACCAGCUCACACGUGCACAUGAAAGCCCCUGUGUUCUGCUCCCUUGCCUCUGGUGGAACAUCAGAGGUCCCAGUCCAUACCCCAGUGCUGGGCUGGUCCCUUCAGACUUGGACUGGGAAUGUAUUUAGGGUCAGGAUGAGGAAUAAGCAAAAAUAAAAGGUUGAAGUGUGUUAGGAUUCACAUCUGCAUUUUGCAUUUUGAGGGUCUGUUGAAAGGAUCUUACACUUCUGGAAAUCAGGAUUGCAACAAGCAGCUUCCUGCCUGCACAGCUUGUCUACCAGGCACCUGCCAUGCUCCUUUUGCCCAUCCUCACUUGUGCGUGCAAGAGAGGCAGGUACAAUGUAGGCACUCAAUUCUGUCUAAGCGGCUGAACUUGCUGGUUGGCACUCCCAGCUGACAGAACAGUAGAGAAACUGGAUUAAAACUUAGCCAUUUAAUGAAAAGAGUUGUUUUGUAGGUGUAUUAUAGGGGUGUUUUGCAAAUUCCGAGGCUGUGUAAGGGCAGAGACAGACUGACAGCCCUGGAUAUGGCUUCCACAGUCCCUGUCUGCAGUCCAAGCUACCCAAGCACAGCUGAAGAAUCUCCUAGAGGACUGAAGCUCCAGGCUCACUUUCUCCUUUUGUGACUGGCAGUGGACACCAGCUGGAAAGACCCCCAGUGACCUUUGCCAGCAGACACUGUCCAUCCUGUUUAGCUUUCAGAGCACAAGUCGUACAGGAGCAUCCCAUCCUUUCAAUACAGACUGUAGAGCAGGAAUGUGGACAUGCUGGCCUAUGGCUUGAGUCCAAGGCUCUAAGCAAGACAGGCAUUCAUCGACCAGACCAGUCUUUCUGCCCCAGUGACUGGGUUGUUGUGAGGUCAGGCAAGCAUACAAUUCAGGGAAGAACAUGAGGACAUGUGGAACUACCCAUGCAAGGCUUGGUGGCCACAUUGCCGUGACAGAGGGUGCCUCUGGAGGGCUGAAGGCACCACGGUACCAUCUCCAAAAAUUUGGGGGUAUUGAUAUAGCACAUGCCAUGGGCUGAUGAUUGUCUUCCUCUGCCUGGAAGUUGUGCCACAGGGAAAGGGCCCCAGGAGAAAUGGAGAACAUCUCCAGGAACAGAACAGAAAUGAGGGAUGUCACAUAUGCACCCCUGUGCCCUGGAGGGCAGCUGGAACAAGUGGCGGAUUACCAGCGCGUGAUCUGUGGUGUGGGCUGUGAACACUGGAGAACAUGUUGUGUUGUUACAUACCAGAGAUACUAAAUGCUUGUUGUAGCUGCCUUUUAAACUUCUAGGGAGAGAUUGCUCAUUUGUAUGGAGCAUGUUGUGCCUGAUCAACUGUAUACAUUACACAGAAUGCAGCCUGACUUAUUUGCUGAAAGAAAUAUAAAUUUAGUUAUAAAUCUCUUUUUGCAUCUUUGGGGA